UUAUAGGGGCCGUAAUGGCUGCCGCAGUGAUGUUCAUUCGAGUGGCUGGUGUGAAGAGGCUUCUUCAGCGGCGCGUCCCCGAGGCCCCGGUGAGGGCGGGACCGAGGCCGAGUUCGAGCUGGGGAGGACAAGGAGCAGAACUAAAAGAAAGGGGAGAGGAGGAGUCCUGCACGCUUUGGGAGAGGGAGGGCGGGAACUCGUACCGGAGUAGUGUCAGGGGCAUCCAGGGUGGCCGUGGAAAAUUAUGUGCAUUAUGGAUAAAGGACCUGAUUAGCCCUUUCCGAAGUGGCUUCUUUGGUGCUUCUCCCCUGGGCCGAUGGCUCCCAGAAUCUGUAUGGAAUUCAAGCAGAUGUAGCAUCUCUACAGCAGCAACCACUGCUAAGUCAGAGGAAGAUGUGUUUUAUAAGUGGUUCCUACUCCUUAUUCCUGUGACUGCCUUUGGUCUGGGAACAUGGCAGGUCCAGCGUAGAAAAUGGAAACUGAAGAUGAUUGCAGAUCUGGAAUCAAGAAUUAAAGCUGAGCCUAUUCCUCUGCCUGCAGAACUGAUGGAGCUGAAGGACUUGGAGUAUAGGCCUGUGAAGGUCAGGGGGCAUUUUGACCACUCAAAGGAACUUUACAUCUUGCCCCGAACUAUGGUGGACCCUGCUCGAGAAUCCUGGGAUUCAGGCCAAUUAUCCUCCACAGUGGAAAGUGGUGCCAAUGUUGUCACUCCUUUCCAUUGUACUGAUUUGGGGAUUACAAUCCUAGUGAAUAGAGGAUUUGUUCCCAGGAAAAGAUUAAAUCCAGACACUCGGCAAAAAGGCCAGAUUGAAGAUGAAAUUGACCUCAUUGGGAUGGUGAGAUUGACAGAAACUCGAAAGCCCUUUGUCCCUGAAAACAAGCCAGAGAAGAACCGUUGGCAUUACCGUGAUCUGGAGGCAAUGGCAAAAGUUGCAGGCGCUGAGCCCAUAUUCAUUGAUGCCAACUUCAAGAGCACAAUCCCAGGAGGACCCAUUGGUGGCCAAACCCAAGUAACUUUGAGGAAUGAACAUAUGCAGUACAUCAUUACUUGGUAUGGAUUAUCUGCAGCAACAUCAUACAUGUGGUUUAAGAAAUUUGUUCGACUACCCUAGGAGACAGCAGUAAAGGGAAAAUGUGGCAAAUAACCACAGGACAAAGUGUUGAGAAUACUGUGGCCUAUUUUUUAAUAAGAUCUGUCAGUUUUUAACUAUUAAAAAUCAAGGCUCCAUAUCUAAUGGAAAUUACAA